AUGGCGGAUACUGGUAAUGGUGCAGUUGCUGCAAGAAGCAUAUGUGGAAUCCCAGAAAAGUUUCAACUACACUUGGCCAUGUUGGCCUUGCAAUUUGGAUAUGCAGGUUUCCAUGUGGUUUCAAGAUUUGCUCUUAACAUGGGAAUCAGCAAAAUCGUGUUCCCAGUUUAUAGAAACAUUCUUGCCUUGCUUCUUCUCUUGCCCUUUGCCUAUUUUCUUGAGAAGAAAGAGAGGCCUCCUCUUACUUGGAACUUCGUACUUCAAUUCUUCCUCCUCGCAAUUGUUGGGAUCACUGCAAAUCAAGGAUUCUACUUACUGGGAUUGGAAAACACAUCGCCAACUUUUGCUUCUGCAAUUCAAAAUUCUGUGCCAGCCAUUACAUUCCUUAUGGCUGUAUUACUCAGGAUCGAAAAAGUAAGAUUGGAUCGAAAAGAUGGAAUUUCAAAGGUUGCCGGGACAAUUCUCUGUGUAGCAGGAGCUUCUGUAAUUACACUUUACAAAGGUCCAACAAUAUACAGCCCUGCUCCACCACUGCAAAGUGCUUCCCCAAUGUUUCUUGCCCUGGGCGAUGCCAAGGGCAAGAACUGGACACUGGGCUGCAUUUUCUUGAUUGGCCAUUGCCUAUCUUGGUCCGCCUGGCUUGUGCUCCAGGCACCGGUUCUCAAGAAAUACCCUGCCCGGCUCUCGUUUACUUCAUACCAGUGUUUCUUUGGAGUUAUACAGUUUCUUGUGAUUGCUGCAUUUAUGGAGAGAGAUGCUCAAGCUUGGCUUAUUCACUCUGGUGGAGAGCUUUUCAGUGUUUUCUAUGCGGGAGUGGUGGCAUCGGGGAUCGCAUUUGCUGUACAGAUAUGGUGCAUUGAUAGGGGUGGCCCCGUUUUCGUGGCGGUGUAUCAGCCUGUUCAGACCCUCGUUGUCGCCAUCAUGGCCUCCGUUGCAUUAGGAGAGGAGUUCUACUUGGGAGGGAUCAUUGGAGCAGUACUGAUCAUAUCAGGGUUGUACUUUGUGCUGUGGGGCAAAAACGAAGAAAAGAAAUUUUUGCAGAGGGCAGCAAUUCAGUCGCCCGCAGACCACGCCAUCACAAGAGCACCAAGUCACGUCAGGACCUCAAUCACUCAGCCACUACUGUCUCAGUCAACAGAAAAUGUUUGA